GCAGGUCAUGCGCUACAUCGCUGUCUUGGCUUGCCUGUGUUCCAUUGAAUCCGUCGAUUUGUGGAUGGAGCAUUGAUGCUGAAGAUGAGCUGUGGAUAAGAUGCACCUUUGACAUGGCCUGCACAAACCAAUCAGCUUUGGAGUACAUCUCGAAUGCCAGGCCAUUCCUGGUUGCCAACCUCAAAAAUGCUAAACUCAUUGCAGAGAAGCUUCAAGAAAAGGUUCAAGGGAAAGAGUUUGGGGUGUUCAAUGUAUAUGAAGUGAUGGCAGUCACUUCAGAAAAGAAUGCUUUAGAUCAAAACCUAAAACUCUUAGACAUGGUCACCAAAAAGGGGGAAGAUGCCUGUUCUAUAUUCCUCAUGAUUCUGCAUGGUGAAAGAAACAGGACUUUACCAAAGGAGAGGCAUCACUGGAUCACCUGUUUCGGAGAUGAGCCAGAUAUGGAGCCCACAGGCUCCGAAUCUUGUCAAAAAUACCAGAGCCAACUCAAAGAAAAAGCCAAGAAGAUACUCAGAAAUCAAACAAAAGAAAUGAAAUCUCUCUUAGAUGACAAGAAUUUAGAAAAUUUCCUUUAUGCAAAACUUGUGCUGGACAGAGAUGAGCAGAGCUGUUCCAUGUCAACUAAAUGUAAAGUGAAAAGCAAGCAAAAGAAAUACAAGAAAUGCCGGUCUAAAAAGCUAAGUACCUACAUUCCACAGAAAGAACUAAAACUAUUUCCUGAAGACCUCCUGAAAUACGAACAAGAUGUUCUGCUCAGUGGGAAACCAGGAAUCGGAAAGACAACAGUCACCCUGGAAAUUAUUAACCUCUGGACAAUCACGAAAAACAGAUGGAACUAUCUGUUUUACUUCGAUAUGACAACACUGCCUGACUUGUCAAGACCAAUACGUUUGAAAUGGUUGCUGUUUGAUACAUAUGUUGAACCCCAUUUCAACAAAGAAGAGGUGCUACUGGACAUCAAGGAGAACUCUAAACAUGUCGUCAUAAUAUUUGAUGGCAUCAAAGAUGUACCUUCAAACUCUGUCCUGCAAAAGAUAUUGACCAAAGAACUUCUCCCUGAGGCUAAGGUUGUUAUAACUUGCAGGCCAGAAUAUGAGAAAUAUCUUCCAGAAAGGGAAGAGUGGGAAGCCUGUCGAGUUUGUGUGCAGGGAUUCAAUGAAGAAUCACUCCAGGCUUAUUUCUCCCAUAUACUGAGAGACAAACCUGGUGCGGUGAGCUCAAUUAUGGGAAAUUCUGAGCUGCGUAGCCUCUGCCAUGUCCCUGUUCAUGCACUUAUGGUUGCCACCUGUUUGCAGUUUAAUGAUGCUGAAGCUCCCAACUUGUAUACCGCAACUGAAAUCUAUCUCAAUAUUUUCCGACAUAUAAUGAAGAAAGGUGAACAAGGCUUGGAGUUGUGUGAACUAGACCACUUCAUUCAGUGCAACAGAGACAAGAUACUGCAUUUGUGUAAAUGUGCUUUCAACGCAAUUAAACAGGAGUCCAUGCUUCUACAAGACUGUGAAGGCAACAACAUCGAGCGUAACUUUCUGAUCCAGCUUACCGCAAGGGAAGGGCCCACUCAGGCGAAAUCAUUCCAUUGUUUUCUCCAUCCCAUAAUGCAGGAGUGUUUUGUUGCACUAUGGCUGCUUGCUAAUCCAGAAGAUAUUGAUGAAGUUCUUCAGAACUGUCAAAGUGAAGAGGCGAAACAUAUGAGGCAUGUGAUCCCUUUUCUGUGUGGUCUCCUGUCGGAGAAAAAUGUCUCAUUGGUGAAGUGUCUGUUUUCAGAAGAACACAUGAAGAUGGUAUCAAGUGGAUUCCAUGAGAAACUUUUCAGUGCAUUCCUCACCACCCAGGCAGAUACAGAUGAGGCUAUCCCAGAAGAUUAUGAGGACUUUCUCUUUCUCUGCCAGUGCUUGUUUGAACUGCAGUCACCACUGCCAUGUUUUGUGUUCCUCAACAAAAUGAAAUAUUCCUUUGAAUUGGUGGAUGGGAAUCUUGACCCUUAUCAGUGCUGUGCAUUGUCAUAUGUUAUCAAACAGUCCAACAACCAGAAGAUUGAAUUGGACUUGAACUGUAAUGUUUCUGAACAAGUCCUGAAGCUCAUUGGUGACUGCAGUCAGCACAUCAGAGUUGAUUCUUGCAUUCAAACAAUUUGGGCGACUGCAUUGGACUCUCAAAAUCCACCACUUUACACUGGUCUUCUGAAUUUAUUUGGACCAGAGUUUCACCUUCCAGUGUGGGAACCAUCAGUAUUUGAUAAAGCAGGAGAAGUGAUCCGCCGAAGACCAGAGAAGAUAAGCCUCAUUCUGCACUGGGAUCCGGCCAGCCAACCUCUGAGUAAGGCUGUCUACCACCUUGUCCUUAGUGUUCUUCCACAACUUAACUCCAUCAGAUUGACAUCACCUCAAUUUGAGAUUAUUUCCUCUGACGAAUGGGUAAUGAAAGAGAGGUCAUUUCAUCUGCAUUUGAUUGCUGCUUUCUGUGAGGCAGAGUCUAAGGGGAAAUCUGGAGGCCAACUUGCUACAGUCAGGACACUGUUUACACUCUUCAGAGUUAACAAUGAAUCUGAUUUCCUCUUAGAGCUUUACUCUCACGCAAAAUACUAUGACACUCAAAAUGUCUUGAGCCUCAUUCCGACAUUACUGCCAGUUUAUCAGUCAGGUCCUGAUUUCUGGUCCAUAGACCUCUCAAAGAUAAAGGCCUCACUCUUCCUAGAAGUGCUUCAACUUCAAAUACAGAAGAAACCAGUAGAGUUGAGAGACUGGUCAGAUGAAGACAGUGAAAUAAGGAAUUUCCUUCAAUGUCUGCCGUACAUAUCAGAGCUCAGCUUCGACUGUGUGUCAGAAGAUGUGUUCAGGUUCCUACUGAAUCUCUGUGUUGGAGCAGCUGAGCAUAGCUCAACUACAGGACAGAGUUUGUCUGAAUUCCUAUCUCCUGUGUGUGCCUUCCUCUCUGAGAGAUUUGAUGAUGAUGAUGAUGAUGAUGAUGAUGAUGAUGAUGAUGAUGAGCAUUAUCUCAAGGGUUGUUGCUGUGACUUUCUGUUGGAUCUGUAUUCGCGUGUGAAGGGCAUUGGGAUUAAGAUAGGCAGGAAUCUCCUUUCAGCACUUCAGCCAUUUUACCAAUCAGCUCCUGCUGUCUGGUACAUAGAUCUUGUAAAGAGAAAGUUCUCACUGUUCCUAGAGGUGCUUCAACUCCAAACACAGAAGAAACCAGUUGAGCUGAGACACUGGUCAGAUGAAGAGAGUGAAGUGAGGAGUUUCCUUCAGUGUCUACCCUACAUAUCACAGCUCAGGCUCAGUCUAUAUUUUUACUAUUCAAAACCAAGCAAAGCAGGGAAGUUCCUGGUGAAUCUCGGUGGUGCAGCAGCUGAGUGUGUUUCAGAUUCAGGAGAGAGUUUCUCUGAGCUCUUGUCCUCUGUGUGCAGCUACAGCACUUUCCCUUUUGCUCAUGAGAACAGAUCUGCACAGAGUGAUGUGCUGCUCAAACUGUACUCCUGUGUGAAGCACUAUGAGUCUGAAACUAGCAGGAGGCUCCUUCCAGUUUUUUCGGCUGUUUACCGGUCAGCUCCUGCUGUCUGGUCCAUAAACCUCUCAAAGAUAAAGGCCUCACUCUUCCUAGAAGUGCUUCAACUCCAAACACAGAAGAAACCAGUAGAGCUGAUAGGCUGGUCAGAUGAGGAGAGUAAAAUGAGGAGUUUCCUUCAGUGUCUACCCUUCAUAUCACAGCUCGGGUUCAGUCAAUAUUCUUCAAAUUCAAGCAAAGCAGUGAAGUUCCUGGUGAAUCUCGGUGGUGCAGCAGCUGAGUGUGUUUCAGAUUCAGGAGAGAGUUUCUCUGAGCUCUUGUCCUCUGUGUGCAGCUACAGCACUUUCCCUUUUGGUCAUGAGAACAGCCCUAAACAGAGUGAUGCGCUGCUGGAACUGUACUCCUGUGUGAAACACUAUGAGUCUGAAACUAGCAGGAGGCUCCUUCCAGUAUUUAAGCCAGUUUACCGGUCAGCUCCUGCUGUCUGGUACAUAGACCUCUCAAAGAGAAAGGCCUCCCUCUUCCUAGAAGUGCUUCAACUCCAAACACAGAAGAAACCAGUAGAGCUGAGAGACUGGUCAGAUGAAGAGAGUGGAGUAAAAAGUUUCCUUCAGUGUCUACCCUACAUAUCACAGCUCAGGUUCAGUCAGUAUUCUUCAAAUUCAAGCAAAGUAGUGAAGUUCCUGGUGAAUCUCGGUGGUGCAGCAGCUGAGUGUGUUUCAGAUUCAGGAGAGAGUUUCUCUGAGCUCUUAUCCUCUGUGUGCAGCUACAGCACUUUCCCUUUUGGUCAUGAGAACAAAUCUGCACAGAGUGAUGUGCUGCUCAAACUGUACUCCUGUGUGAAGCACUAUGAGUCUGAAACUAGCAGGAGGCUCCUUCCAGUAUUUGAGCCUGUUUACUGGUCAGCUCCAGCAUACUGGUACAUAGACCUCUCAAAGAGAAAGGCCUCCCUCUUCCUAGAAGUGCUGAAACUCCAAACACAGAAGAAACCAGUAGAUCUGAGAGGCUGGUCAGAUGAAGAGAGUGGAGUGAGGAGUUUCCUUCAGUGUCUACCCUACAUAUCACAGCUCAGCUUUAGUCAAUAUUCUUCAAAUUCCAGCAAAGCAGUCAAGUUCCUGGUGAAUCUUGGUGGUGCAGCAUCUGAGUCUGUUUCAUAUACAGGAAAGAGUUUCUCUGAGCUUUUAUCCUUUGUGUGCAGCUACAGCACUUUCCCUUUUGGUUAUGAGAACAGAUCUGCACAGAGUGAUAUGCUGCUGGAACUGUACUCUUGUGUGAAGCACUAUGAGUCUGAAACUAGCAGGAGGCUCCUUCCAGUAUUUAAGCCAGUUUACCAGUCAGUUCCAGUAUACUGGACCAUAGACCUCUCAAAGAGAAAGGCCUCACUCUUCCUAGAAGUGCUGAAACUCCUAACACAGAAAAAAACAGUAGAGCUCAUGGGCUGGUCAGAUGAAGAGAGUGAAGUGAGGAGUUUCCUUCAGUGUCUACCCUACAUUUUACAGCUCAGAUUGCAUAGUGGCUGUGAUGCCCAGUUCCUCCUACUGGAUUGUGCUGAUGUUGGGUCUAGAGAUGAACUGACUCUUCUGGUCCACCUUCUGGACUUCAAUCUGAAGAUUGGAGGGGAAAUGUACAGCUCCGAGUGCAAAUCUUUAGGGCGGGUGCUUAGCUGGGUAGCCUCCAAACUGGACCUCACCCUGACACCUGAGCACAUCUCUCUCAGGGGAGUCAAGCUGCUCUUCAGAGGAGUCUCCCGACUCCACAAACUAAGGUUGAAUGCCAAGAUGGUGAUGAGACUGUCCAGAACAAUGAGGACUGGGAGAGGUUUGUCUCCAGUAGCUGUUGGGGAGCUCAGCCUGGACCUCAACAGCAGCGGAGUCUCUCAGAUACCGCUGUCCAGGGUCCUGAGUGGCCUGGCUCUUCUUCUCAGACUCUGGACUGUCCAGUGUCUGGAUCUGACAUCUUGUAGGGUUAAAGGUCACUAUCUCAUCACCUUUCUCUGUCAUCAGGACCCUCUGACGCUCAGACUGAAUGAAGAAAAUAUGCAGCAGCUGUUUCUGCUGGUGUCUGAAGUACAGGAAGUGGAAUUCACUCAGUCCUUCCUGUAUAAGUUUGGAGGAGACCUGACCAGCUGCACUUUGACCCCAGAAGUGCUUCUCUUCAUGCUACAGCACUACUCUGGACCUGUCACAGUCGACUUCAGGAAGAGCAAGAUCACAGAGAGGAACGCUAGAGAACUCCUACCUCUGCUGGACAGGAUACGGUUUAAGAGGCUCUCUCCAGCAUUCAUCAUGUCCGUCAUCAGAGAAAUCUACCAGACUCGUUCCCCUCAGUAUGUGAGCAGCCUGCUAAGGUCUACAGGGAACUAUAUCAAUCUGACCACAAGAUCCCUGGAUGCUGCUGACUGUGCUGCCAUGAGUUUCACCUUACAGCACAGCCAGGGAAUCAGACUCAACCUGAUGUGGACCUCCAUACCAGAGGGGGAGCUAGAGAACAUCCUGCAGUUUCUCAACAAUGUCUCUCAGCUGAGUGUUGACAGGCAGCUGCUGUUGAGGCUCCUCCACUGCUGUGAGUCCUCAGACGUCCAGCAGGGGGCAGCAGCAGCUCUUCUUCAGGCUCUGGAGCACAAACUGGACUUCUCCUGCUCCUCUGCUAUGGACCUGGCAGAUGGGACUCAGGAACCAUCUCUGCACCUGAGACCGCAGGACUGCAGAGUCAUCUCCAUGGUGAUCCAGAGGGUCAGCACCGACACUGCGCUCACGCUGCUGGACUGUGAUGUGGAGGAGGCGGGGCUACAGUACUUUCUCUCAGCUCUAGAAAGAGUCCGUCUGAGGUGCAGUAAGGGCCAGUUGUUGCAGUUCCUGGCGCUGGUGUGUGUCGGCUCUGAGACAGGGUGUGUGAGUAGAGCCGUGUCUCUCUCCCAUGCUGUGGGUGGGGAGGUGGACCUCAGUCACACUGUGCUGGACGCUCGGGCCUGUGGAUCUCUGGCACUGUUUCUGGAAUAUUCUGAAGGGCUGUCGGAACUAGACCUCAGCCACUGCCAGCUCACAGUCUAUUGCCUGGAACCACUGCUCCCACAUCUGCACAAAAUACAAGUUUUGGACCUCAGUAACAACAGCAUUACUGAUGAAGGGGCUCAGCAGAUCUACAAUAUCGUCAAUAACACAACCUCAAUUCAGACUGUAAGACUCUUCAACAAUGUGAUUAAGAGGAAACGGCUCUACAAGGGAGACAAGCGCUUUGAGCUGUGGUGAUCAUGGACAGUUUAGUGGUGCUGUAACCGCUGGAUCUGAUCUGAGGUGGCUCCUAUUCACCUCAUACAUUGCACAGGAAAGGGAACACUCUGGUGUAGCACCUGGUGUCCCAGACUUUUGGACUGUGUGUACCUUCACAUCUUUUUACCUCUUAGGAACUUCGCUCUCAGGGAAAGAAUUUAUUCCAAAAAUCUUUAAAUAUUUUUUUUUAUUUUGUCCAUGUAUUGGGAAACAUGUCCUUAACUUCUUGCCUUACCAUAUAUCUCAUGCUGAAUUGUUGAAUUAUGUAUUUUUUAAUAUGUGUUUUUAAUUCACUGUUGACCGUAUGUAUUUUAUAUCCUUGUAUAUAUUCUGUUCCUGGACUGUUAUAGCAAGCUUGUAGUUAUAGCAGUUUUCUGUGACUAGUAUAAAAUGCUGUACAAAGAUGUAACAAUGAUCCAAAAUGUUGUUUAAACACCAGAAGACUUAUUCUUUUCUCUUAUAAAAGCCAAUUGUUCAGAAAAUAACCUUCUACCUUCUGAAAGGUUGAAAUUUUAACUUAAGUAGCCUGACAUGACAGGCUUCAAUGCUCUUGAUGCAAUGUGUGUGAUUUGCAGGAACUGUUCAUGGUUGUUCGAACCAUUGUUUACAUUUCUCAGAGCCAGCUACAUGGCAGGUACAUUUUUGUGAUUUAUGUCUGAGGAAGGGCAGUGUGUCCCGAAACGUCACAUGUGGUGAAUAAAAAGA